CCAGCAGCGCAGUUUGGUCUUUCUGCUGCUCUCACAGACUCGCACGCUCACUGCACCCGGGCCGGGGCCGGGCCGGGGCCGGGCCGGAGCCGGAGCCUCCAGAUCCCAGGCGACGCCGGUUGUUUCACGCUUCCUCUAACCCUCUGUACCCAGGAGGAAGGGGUAGGAGGUGGAGAAAGAGAGAUAGAGGAAAGCACUACGUUACGAGAGACUUUGUUGCCUUAGGAAGAGACGGUGCAUGGUAUUUGCUGCUUAGCUCCAGAACCAGGCAAUCGGUGACUCCUCUCUGGCCCCAGGGACCAGCGGGGAAGGGAAGGAAAAAGGAUCGGAGACGCGCGCGCUCCCACACUUACAUACAUACAAACACACACACACACACACACACACACACACACACACGCACGCACUCCUGAGCGACAGUCUUGAGGGAGUUUGUACAGAGAGCUGAAAAGCUCCAGCUCCGGCCCCAGCUGCGGCCCCAACUGCUCUGAGGCUCGGCCGUCGUUGCCAUCCCCCUCCCACCUCUGCUCGUCUUCCCCCAGCCUCGGCCAGCCGGCAGCCCGGCAGCCUCUCCUCUCUCUGCUUCCUCUAGCCAGCACAGCUGCCUCUAGGUCUAGGAGCCGCCGCAGCCGCCGCAGCAACAUCCCCGGAACUAGCAGACUGUGGCGCAACUGGUCUGGGGAGCGGAGGCGCUGAGAUCCUGCUCCAGGGAGCUGCAAGGGAAAAAUAAAUACACUAAUGAUUAGGCUAACUGCCACUACCAGCUCCAGAUGACUUGACACAUACUUCUCAAAGAUGUCUGCCACUGAAAAUGGAGAUGCGAUAUCAGGAAAACAAAAUGAGGAAAAAACCUAUAAGAAGACUGCAUCAUCUGCUAUUAAGGGUGCUAUUCAGCUGGGAAUAGGAUACACAGUGGGUAACCUCACUUCCAAGCCAGACAGAGAUGUGCUUAUGCAAGACUUUUAUGUAGUGGAAAGUGUGUUUCUACCCAGCGAAGGGAGCAAUCUGACCCCAGCUCAUCACUACCCAGACUUCAGAUUUAAGACAUAUGCUCCAAUAGCAUUUCGGUAUUUCAGAGAACUUUUUGGUAUCAAGCCUGAUGAUUACUUGUAUUCCAUCUGCAGUGAACCUUUAAUAGAAUUAUCCAACCCUGGGGCCAGUGGAUCCUUGUUUUUUGUAACUAGUGAUGACGAGUUUAUCAUCAAAACAGUUCAACAUAAAGAAGCCGAAUUCCUUCAGAAGUUGCUGCCAGGUUACUACAUGAACUUAAACCAGAAUCCUAGGACUCUUUUACCAAAGUUUUAUGGACUUUACUGUGUGCAGUCAGGGGGCAUUAACAUCCGGAUUGUGGUGAUGAACAACAUUUUGCCUCGCUCAAUGAAAAUGCACUUUACCUAUGACUUGAAAGGUUCUACGUAUAAGCGACGAGCAUCCAGAAAAGAGAGAGAAAAAUUAAACCCUACAUUCAAGGACUUGGAUUUCUUGCAAGACAUGCAUGAAGGAUUAUAUUUUGAUACAGAAACAUACAACGCAUUGAUGAAGACACUCCAGCGAGACUGUCGGGUGUUGGAAAGUUUCAAAAUAAUGGACUAUAGUCUUUUGCUGGGAAUCCAUAUAUUGGACCAUUCGCUAAAAGAAAAAGAAGGGGAGAGUUCACAGAAUGCACCUGAUGCUAAGCGGCCUGGGAUACAGAAAGUCCUUUACUCAACCGCAAUGGAAUCUAUCCAAGGCCCAGGGAAAUCUGGAGAUUCUGUAAUCACCGAGAGUACUAAUACAAUGGGAGGCAUUCCAGCUAAAAGCCAUAAAGGAGAAAAGCUACUUUUAUUUAUGGGCAUUAUUGAUAUUCUGCAAUCGUAUAGGUUAAUGAAGAAGUUAGAACAUUCCUGGAAAGCACUUGUUUAUGAUGGGGAUACCGUUUCAGUUCAUAGACCAAGUUUUUAUGCAGAUAGGUUUUUAAAGUUCAUGAAUUCCAGAGUUUUCAAAAAAAUCCAAGCUUUGAAGUCCUCGCCUUCUAAGAGAAGGUGUAAUUCCAUUGCUGCCUUAAAGGCUACAUCACAGGAAAUUGUAUCUUCUGUGAGCCAGGAGUGGAAGGAUGAAAAGUGUGAUUUGCUUACCGAAGGGCAGAGCUAUAGCAGCCUUGAUGAAGAAGCACUGGGAUCCAGGCACCGACCAGACCUUGUGCCGAGCACUCCAUCUCUGUUUGAAGCGGCUUCCUUAGCAACGACAAUUUCGUCUUCUUCUCUGUAUGUCAAUGAGCAAUACCCACAUGAUGGAACUACACUUUAUUCAAACAGUAAAGGAUUACCUUCAAGUUCCACUUUCACAUUAGAAGACAGUGCCAUCUACUUGACAUCUGAGCAGAGCACACUGGAAACACAGGACGAUAAUGCCUCUGUGUUGGAUGUCUAUCUAUGAAAAUCUAUAUACUCGGGCAGAAGUGACCACAGUGACUGAAAAUCCUGUUCUCCACUCCAGAAUUACUGGGCACAACUUGGCUCAACCUUGCUACACAAAGAGUAGUGACUGGCUGGACUUAUCUUUACCUAGGAAAGUUGUCAGGAGAGCUUCAAACCAUAGAAAUGAUAGCUCUGCUUACUUGGCAGAAAUGAUGUGAAAAAAGCCACACGUUCCUAUCAUUUGCUGUUGCUUGUUGAACUGUGAAGAACCGCAUAGACUAUAUUUAAGCUACUUUCUCUACUGUUGCCAAUCACCCUUUGGGACUUGGAAGUCAUAUUUUCCUAUUGGCUCUUGUGUUUAUUUCAUUUGCAUGUAUCCAGUGAUAAUGAACAAGUCAAAUAUGUAAUCUGAAUAUCUAUUUAAAAACUCAUCAAUACGAAAUGGUGAAUAAAGUGUAAAUUCUGCUCCUUUUUUCAAAGUCAUAAUCUCGUAAGUCCAUGUUGUUGGAAGUCUAAACAGAUUUCAUACAAGGGUCAGCGUAACCGUUCUGCACCGACUUUAUGGAGACUUGCUUCUAUAAAGAUACUCUCACUGUUGACUAGUGAAAUGAGAGAGAGAAAGCUAUUUAUAACAAGGCCUUAUGUUGUGUACAUAUAUUGUCUUUGGAAUAUUUGUGAUUCAGUUUAUUGCUUGUUAUAAGAGAAAUUAUAUAAUUUAUUUAGUAAAUACUACUGUAAACUAUAGUUUUGUUGACAGAAAUAAAAAUAUUUUGUUCUCAA